CCUCUUCUUCUACCAAUCAAAUAAACCCCAAAUCUCUCCCUCCAAAGUCUCACACCCUUUCUCUAGCUUGUCAGUUACCUUAUCUGGACAGAGGGGAAUUAGGAAACGCUACUCUCCCUCUGUUUUCCGCCGGAGAAAAUGAGAAAGAACCACCGACCUACCUUUGUUUGCCGGGAAAUUCCGGGACUCGACUUGUCCACCAAUGCUCGGAAUUUCGAACCGGAACACCGGAGGAACAAUUGGCUCACUAUGUCCGGCGCCGGCAAUUUCGCUUGCAUUUCUCUGGCGGAGAAGCGCGAGGAGAAGGAAUUCUCGCCGACGCCAGCUCAGCUCCUCAAGCAUCCCUUGGCAAUGCUCGCUUUGGCUCCGAAAGAAGUCGCGCUUUUCGCCGCCGGCGCCAUGGCUGGGGCCGCUGCCAAAACUGUUACCGCCCCCCUUGACCGGAUUAAACUCAUCAUGCAGACACAUGGAUUAAGAGCUGGGGAAGAAAGUGCAAAGAAGGCAAUUAGUUUUAUUGAGGCAGUUACCUCAAUUGGGAAGGCAGAAGGGAUUAAAGGGUAUUGGAAGGGGAACCUUCCACAGGUGAUAAGAAUCAUACCAUAUAGUGCAGUUCAGUUGUUUGCCUAUGAAACCUACAAGAAAAUUUUUAGUGGAAAAGAUGGUGAGCUCUCUGUGAUUGGAAGACUUGCAGCAGGUGCUUGUGCUGGCAUGACUUCAACUUUUGUUACCUAUCCAUUAGAUGUUUUGAGGUUGAGAUUGGCUGUUGAACCCGGGUAUAAAACUAUGACAGAGGUUGCUCUUAACAUGCUGAAAGAGGAAGGAAUUGCAUCCUUUUAUAAUGGUCUAGGACCUUCUCUAAUUGGAAUAGCACCAUAUAUUGCUGUGAACUUUUGCGUUUUUGACCUGGUGAAGAAAUCUCUGCCAGAGAAAUAUCAGAAGAGCACUCAAACAUCACUAAUUACAGGAUUGAUUUCUGCAAGUGUGGCCACACUCACAUGCUAUCCAUUGGACACAGUAAGACGGCAAAUGCAAAUGAAGGGUACACCUUACAAGACAGUUUUGGAUGCUUUCCUAGGUAUAUUGGCACGUGAUGGUGCAGUUGGACUGUAUAGGGGCUUUGUGCCAAAUGCUCUGAAGACUCUGCCCAAUAGCAGCAUAAGGCUUACAACUUUCGACACUGUGAAGCGACUGAUUGCAACAAGUGAAACGGAGUUCCAAAAAAUUGUGGAGGAAAAUCGCAAGAAGGAAGAGCAAAUCUCUGAUGAUUGCAAAGCUUAAAUCUUGAGUUUGGUGUACUUUCGAUACAAUAUUGGUGUCACCAUUAUUUUUUUGCCCAGUGCUUCUGCUGGGGAAAGCAUUCACAUUAGCUUAAAGCAUUUGUAUGAAACUUGAGCUGCUAGUAUAGUGCUUUAGUAUCUGCAGCUCUAAUUUUUGUAGAACAGUCAAGUUUAGUGCCUUCAUUCUAGUCACGUAAUCUUUGUUUCUUGUAAUAUUUAUGCCUACAGAACUUAGUGAUGCUCUCAGAUUGACCAUUGCAUCCUUCCAUAGUGGUCUUUAUUAUUAUUAUUA